AUGAAAACAGAAUAUGCCAAAAUUUAUUUAUUCAUAUUUGUAUUACUUCAAACUCAGUCGGAAUGCUAUAAAAUAUUAGUAUACAAUCCAAAGUUAUCAUAUAGCCACGUCAAGUUUUUCGGUCAAAUCGCUGAUUUAUUGGUAGAAGCUGGUCAUGAUGUGGUAACUUAUAUGCCAGAUGCAGCUACGGGUCUAACAUUUAAUGGUACGAAAUUAGCCCGGAUUAUUCCUGGUCCACCUCUUAUCGACAAUUCCACGUUAUUGUUAGAAGAUAUAAUUAAAAAUGCUUGGGAUGAAAGAUUCUUUGAUUUUUUUUCCAUAAUAAAGAGAAUCAAACAACAAAUGGAAACACAUAUUCAGACCUGUUCAGGCGAUUUGAAAUCCGUCAUUUCAGCUCAAGUCAGCAAUAAUGAAUCUAUGCAGCAGCUUCGAGAAGAAAAUUUUGAUUUUGGCAUUACUGAACUGAUUAGCCCUUGCGGUUACGCUGUAUUCCACAAGAUUGGACUAACAAAUUAUGCAACUGCUUUUGCCACGGAUAUAUUAGCAGUUCUGUCGUCAUCAUUAGGUGUAAACAGUAAUCCAAGUUAUGUACCAAAUUCAAUGCAGGAUGCAAUUCAAAAAAGUUCAUUUGCAUUUAUCAAUUCGGAUCAACUAUUACAAGAUCAACAUCUGAGCAGUCCUAAAUUAGUUUACAUUGGUGGAAUCGCUACUACUCGUCCUAAAUCGUUAAAUAAACAAUUUCAAGAUAUUCUGAACAAAUCAAACAGUGUUGUGUUGGUAUCAUUUGGUAGUUUAGCUAAAAGUAGCAACAUGCCUCAACAUAUCAAAAAUUCUUUUCGAGAAACUUUCCGCAGCUUUCCUGAGAUCACAUUUAUAUGGAAAUAUGAAGAGGAUGAUCAAUUUGCUCAUGAACUACCCAAUGUCAUCAAAAAGCAGUGGAUACCGCAACAAGAGCUCUUGGAACACCCGAAAUUAAAAGUAUUCAUAUCACACUGUGGACAAAACAGCGUUGAAGAAAGUGUACAAGGUGGAGUGCCACUUUUAUGUAUCCCAUUGUUCGGUGAUCAAAUGCGAAAUACCGGAAAAGUUUUAAGACGGAAAAUUGGAAUAUUUGUGGACAAACAUCACAUAACACCAGAAGUCAUGAAGAAUGCAUUACUAGAAAUUUUGUAUGAUAAAAGGUAUCUCGAAACAUCCCUGAACUUGAGAGAGAUGAUCAAAAAUAAGCCAAUAACACCACAAGAAUCUUUAUUACGACACAUUAAUUUUGCUUCGAAAUUUGGACCUAUCGAUAACUUUGACAUCGCCUUAAACAAAUUGUCAUUUUUUCAAUAUUACCUGCUAGAUAUCCUGAUCCCCUUGUUAGCAGUUUUCGUGUUUCUACUUUAUUUUAUCUUUCGUAUGUUCCGCAAUAUCUUGUACAAGCUGCUCAUUAUAUGGAAAGCGAAGACUGAUUAA